GCCGUCCAGGUGAGCUAGGAGCCUUCCCCAGCUAGACUACCGUAGAGCACUCUAGAAAUAGGAAGCAAGGGCGCCGGACACACCAAAGUUCUCUUCGCGGCACCUCUGCUUCAUAUCACCACACCAGCAGCAGCAACACCAGGCUUGGGCACGUGGGGACGCUGAAGAAGGAGAAGAAGCAGUGGAAGAUCACCCUGGAUGCCUGACAGUGUAGGGCCAUGGCGGACAUUACUCUGAGUGAAGCGGAAAAGAGGUACAUCGUGGACGGAGUGAAGCUGGGCAUCCGUGUUGAUGGUCGUGAGAGACUGGACUACCGGCAGCUGGAGAUAGAGACAGGCCUGGUGUCCACUGCCAAUGGGUCUGCCAGGGUGCGCCUUGGGUGUACGGACGUCCUCAUCACUGUCAAGAUGGAGAUGGAGCCACCACCACCUCAGCAACCAAGAAAUGGACAGAUACACUUUUUUGUCAACUGCUCAGCCAAUGCUGCCCCAGAGUUCGAGGGUCGAGGUGGGGAAGACCUGGCCACCAGGAUGAGUGCAAUGCUUGACCGGCUUUACUCAUCCCCAACAUCCCUGGACAGGAGCAAGCUUUGUGUGGUGCCGGGAAAGUACGUCAAGGUGCUCUACGUGGAUGUGGAGAUCUUAGAGUGUGGUGGAAACCUGUUUGACACAGUGAGCCUUGGGGUGAAAGCAGCUCUUUGGGCCACCAGGAUGCCAAAGAUAUACAUCACUGGGGAGGAUGGAGGGGAGCUGGAGUUUAUGGUGUCUGACAACCCCCGAGAAGUUGAUCAAGUGGAUGUGUCCAAUGCCCCGAUCCUCAUCACACACUUAAGGAUAACAGAGAACUUGACGGUGAUUGACCCCACACCUGAGGAGGAGUGCUGCGGCCCCGUGCAAGUCGUGGUUGGAGUCACCCCCAAAGGCCUCAUCACUGCAACACAACAGUUUGGGGCGGGAACGUUUGCGCCGCAGACCCUCACUGCUGCCCUCAAGAGUGCUCAGGCCUUGGGAGUCAAGAUCCAUGACCAGCUCAUGCAAAGAUUACAACAGGAGGAGAGUAUUCCUAAUAGGAAGAUAAAGGGAUUCCUGUGAUUCAUAUUUCCAUAGUAUUAACUUUACUCUGCUUGUUAAUGAACAAGAGACAAUUAGUGAGAUACUGUGAAUGAAAGGGGAUGACCUGAUACCUUGCAUUCACCUGAUACAUGUUAAGAUGGAAGCUGACCAUGCCUCUUUAUUAGACUAAGUAGAGGAGAGAAAACAACCAAAAAAGGGCUUUUGAUUUGUGAAAGAAAUUUAUUAAAGAAGAUAUGAAAAUGA